AGGAAGCUGUAUGAGGUCCUAACAACUGAGUCCUACAUUCAAAAAACAACAGCUCUUAAAUGGAAGAAGCUGAGCAUUAGGCAAAGGAUUCCUGGACACGCUGGAGGUGCUCACACACAAGGAAUAUAUGGCUGUUCCACCAACAGUACUGCUGGAACCUUCUCUAGCUGCCUAGGGGAGAAAACUUCACCAUGGAUUUAAGAAACAUUCCCUACCGUUCGGAUGUGCUUACCUGGAACCCAGAUGACUUGGCAGACUACUUCAGGACAUUAAAGUAUAAGGACUGUGAGAAGGUCGUGAGGAAGCACAGCAUAAAUGGACAACGGUUUUUGAACAUGACUGAAAAUGACAUUCAGAAAUUUCCCAAACUCCGAGUGCCAAUUGUAAGUAAAUUAAGCCAAGAAAUAAACAGGAAUGAAGGGCGGCUUUCUUUCCUUCCAAAAUGGGCCCAAACACAAAAAAGUCCCGAAGUCCCAGGAUAUGCAGGUCAAGACGAUGGUGGCUGGUCUUCAUUUGAUGAAGAUGAUGACUAUGAAAGCCCUGAUGAUGACCAGGAACAGGAAGAGGCUGACUAUGAAUCACCAACAGAAGAACCUGAGGAAGCAGAACAUGACAGUGAUGGUUAUGAGCCACCUCCAUCCAAUAAUGAUGAGGCACACCACAAUGUCAUAUUUCCUGCCAAGUCACUUGCAAACAACACAGAUUAUAUAGACAGACCUCCAACCACUCGAUCAUCACAACAGCCUCCAGUACCACCCCAGCGACCCGUCCCAUCCCCAGUACCAGCCUCCUUUGGGGGAAGAAGUGCUUCUCUGCCAGCUUUUCCUCCUCCACCAAGCAACAAUGACUUGAGUAGAGACAGAAAUAUCAAGCCUUUGAAAACUCCAGCUCCUUCUAUAGACAGAAGCACAAAGCCCUCACUGGAUCGCCUUGCUCCACCAUUUGAAAGAGAAUGCCCUGCACCAGGGAGGAAGCCCAGCACUCCUGAAAAGCCUCUGGCUUUACAGCUAAGAUCCCUGGGUGAACAGUUAGCAAUGAUGCCAAAACCUCCAGUCCCACCCAGUGACAGAUAUGAAAGAGGCAAUCCAUCCCCUCUAAGGAAGCCAAUCCCUGUAAGGCAGGGUUGGCCACCACACAAAACCCCUCAAGAGGAAGAUGACACUGCACCCCAAAGACCAGUGCCACAGAUAUCUUUGCCGCCAUACAGCUCCAAUGCAUUCCCAUCCAAAUCUGUCAAGCCUCCACCUAAACCAAGCUCCAACACUCUGCCUGGUGCAGAAAGCGCUAGAAACCGCUCUUCAACUGGCUCACUACCACCACGCUUACAUCUAGGAAGCUACAGCAGAUCCCCUUCAAGAGGCGCAGCUGACGUAAGACCUCCUCUGCCAAUUCCUAGCAGACAGCCUGCUCACCAAACUAACACAGAGGAAGAUGAGGACUCACUACACAAUGAAUGGUACGUUGCCUAUGUUAGCCGGCCACAAGCAGAAGCAGCUCUUCGGAAGAUAAACAAGGAUGGAACAUUCUUGGUAAGAGACAGCUCGAGAAAAACUGCUACUCACCCAUAUGUCCUGAUGGUGUUGUACAGAGAUAAAGUAUACAACAUCCAGAUUCGUUACCAGGAGCAAAACCACUUAUAUUUGUUAGGAACCGGCUUAAAAGGAAAAGAGGAUUUUUCUUCUGUAGCAGAUAUCAUAGAUUACUUCCAAAGAACACCUCUCCUUCUGAUUGAUGGGAAAGACAGAGGGUCAAGAAACCAGUGCAUGUUAAAAUAUGCUGCAGGACAUAUUUAAAUGAGACCUUAAGGAAGAUUACAUAUAACAUUGAAGCCUUCUGAAGUCUUGUAAACAUCAGGAUAUUGACUUUUACAGCAAACAAAAACCAUUAAGUCAUUAAAA